GAGCAGUAGUACCUGGGCCUCGUUGGACACCAUGAAGAGGAGCCCUUGGGUCUGCUGUCCCUGUCCCCUCCUACCAGCCUCAGUUUCCCUCCCAUCCUCGCCCGGCCAAGGCCCUGGCAGAAGCCCCUCAGCGUUGCUUUCCUUUUCUUGCAUGCCACGGCAAUCUCAUAACUCGCUGCACUCCCGGGAAGACUCCCAUACCUGAGGGGGCCAGUCCUCCACAGGCCAUGCCCCAGAUGCACGCACAGGCAAGAAUACUCAGGCCCUAACACGCGGGAGUCCCAGAAGAAGGGGUGAUUUCCACCUCCCACUUUAGUUACUCUGCCCCUCUGCAGUUGACUAAGCCAGCAAGAUCCAGCCAGGGCAUCCCCACUUCUGACCUGAGAGCCAGCUCCCCAUCCUGAAAAACCUGUCUGGGGGCCUGCCCUGAGGCUGUAGGACCCAAAGGGCAGGUUGGACAGGAUUCCCCUCCAGCCACUCCCACCCCAAGACAAAAUCAGCCACCCCAGGGGCCAGGCCUCACUUGCCUCAGGAAGCCUCAGCCUGCCAGCACCUGUCCCAGCUCCCAGCCCAGCUAUGGCAUCCCCGCUGCCCUUCCGGACCUUGCCCUUGAACCUGAUUCUGCUGACUGUCCUGGCCCUGGGGGCUGCAGCAGACUUCAACAUCUCAAGCGUUUCUGGUCUGCUGUCCCCGGCGCUGACGGAGAGCCUGCUAGUUGCUUUGCCCCCCUGUCACCUCACUGGGGGCAAUGCCACGCUGAUGGUCCGGAGAGCCAAUGACAGCAAAGUGGUGAAAUCCAGCUUCGUGGUGCCUCCGUGCCGUGGGCGCCGGGAGCUGGUGAGCGUGGUGGACAGUGGGGCUGGCUUCACCGUCACCCGGCUCAGUGCAUACCAGGUGACAAACCUCGCGCCAGGAACCAAAUACUACGUUUCCUACCUAGUGACGAAGGGGGCAUCCACUGAGUCCAGUAGAGAGAUCCCGAUGUCCACGCUUCCUCGGAGGAAGAUGGAAUCCAUUGGGCUGGGGAUGGCCCGGACGGGGGGCAUGGUAGUCAUCACGGUGCUGCUCUCUGUCGCCAUGUUCCUUCUGGUCGUGGGCUUCAUUAUCGCCCUGGCGCUGGGCGCCCGAAAGUGAGGAGGCCCUCACCAGGCGGCAGGCCUCCAGAGGGUCCGCGACGCUAUCCAUGUCCCCAGCCCCCGGCUUUGCGCUCUGUGCCUGCCUCCUUUCCUGAAAACGCUGCCUGCUCCCAGACCUCAACCUGGAGGCUUUGGCCUUUUCAGUGCCUUCACCUCCCCUCCCUGCCCCCUCUCACUGGAGCCCUUUCCUCCCUCUGCCCCUCCCCUUGUCCCCAGUGCCUCACCUUCUCCCCACACUUCCUGUCAUCCCCUCACCCCCACUCUUGUCAGCAUGGGCGCUCCUUCCACUUCACCUCUUUAAUCUCCCCCUCCCUCAACAAUUCACCCCUCCCGCAGUGAUGGAAGUCUCCAGAAUAAAGUCUCGUGCCGCCUC